GGCUAUGAACAGGCGGCUAAUUUCUGAGGCGACAUGGUGUCCCACGUGAAACUACAAGACUACCAGCACCGGUACUGCUUGGUGUGCUUGACCGGUAGUCUGGGUUGUCGAUGGCACCGCUACAAACAAUCCACCCGAGACAGCAGAAAGAGGGACCUGUGUACCUUCUUUCUGUUGACGCUGACAUUCCUGUUCAGUAUAUUUAUGCUGUAUUCCAUCGCUAUGAUGAAAAAUGACUUCAAUGAUCUGAAUUGGUUUUUUUACCCACAGUCCAACAAAUGGCUUCCAGUCUACACAAUAUUCCUUGUUAUUGUCUGUGUUGUAUUUAUGUAUUUAUUUAUUUUAAUGUGUCUUUCUCUGUGCCAUUUUCUACAAGGACAGCAGUUGUACACACACAAAGUGCACACUGUAUUUAUUUUACUCUUUCUGGCAUUCUUCAUUGCCAUGGUAAUUACCAUUGAUGAAGUGUGGAAAGAAGAAUGGGCUAUAGUCUGGCUAUCACUCAAGAUAUUUGGUCCCUAUCUACAAGUAGGGGGCGUGGCUGUGAUGACUUUAUUAUCCUGGUUAAUAGCCAGACAAUGGUUCACUCUGUCCUCUACGUGUGGACAGCUUUUUUGGUUGGUUGUUUAUCUGGCUUUGAUGACAGGACUGUAUAUAUCUCCAUUAUUCAUCAAUUCUCCGUGUGUUGUAUUGAUCUCAAAACUGCCACCCAAACCUCGACUUCUGGCUCAAAGAGGGGCCUCAGCAAUUGCUCCAGAAAAUACUUUAGCAUCAUUCCAAGUAGCCAAUGAGUAUAAAGUAGCUGGAUUUGAAAGUGAUGUCCGAAUUAGUUUGGAUGGUGUCCCAUUUCUUUGUCAUGACUCCACAUUUCAAAGAACUACAAAUAUUGAUCAAGUCUUUCCAAGUCUGGUGAAUCAGGAUGUAUCUUAUUUUAAUUUUUCACAAAUAAAAGAAUUGAAUGCUGGGAUAUGGUUUAUUGAGACUGAUCCCAUGUCUACAGUUGGUGAGAUAUCAGAGGAGAGGAAAGUUUUGUAUAGAAAUCAAAGUAUACCCACACUUCUAGAACUAGUGGAAUACUCAAAUUCUACCAACACAACACUGAUGUUUGACGUGAGGGAGCCCCCAGACGACCAUCCGUUCAAGGAAAAGAAAGACAAUCUUAUUGUAGAGGCCAUACAGCAAGGAGGAAUGAAGGCCGAAAAUAUUCUGUGGCUGACUGAUGACAAAGGACAGGCACCUGCCGGCUUUACCCCAGUGGCCCAAGAUUACUACUAUCCUUCCAGUCUCCUCCAAAGAAAUAACAUCUCCAUGGUCAACACCAAGUUUAAUGUUCUCUCCUCUGAUAACAUACAGGAGUAUAACACCAAUAAUAUUAGCGUGAACAUCUUUGUUGUAAACGAGUACUGGCUGUUUUCUCUGUAUUGGUGUAUGGGUGUGCCCUCGGUAACAACGGACAACUGUCAUACACUGUCCGGUCUACAGACUCCAAUAUUUCACCUGUCUCCGAGGAAUUACCUGAUCUUGUGGAUGACUGUAGACAUAAUGUCAGCUCUUUUGGUUAUCACUGCAUUCAUUGUACAGCGAAUCCUAUGGUCUGGAUCAGAAUACUGUCCUGAGAGAAUCGCCAUUAACUCUGCUCCUGUAAACAGUGACUCCACCUCAAACAAGACAUCUAGAUCCUCCCACAGACAGAGCAGACGUCAAAUGAAAGAAAAACUGAUUCUCAGAGAUGUAGCAGCAGACAUAUUGGAUGAGGAUGCAGAGAACCAGGAGGAUUAUGGGAUUGAGAGUAAUUAUACUGUCCAAUCAACAGAUGGACAGGAAAUGGUCCGAACUUUCCAGAGGACAUCAGGCUAUCAGAGGAAAGUCGAUGCGGAGAUCAAUCGGGUUGUGUGAGAAAUUUGUUUGAAAAUGGAGGUCACACUAGAGUUUUUUUUUUCAGGUCUGAACCAGUGAUGAUGUUCUAAUCAAAGCUUUAGUAGAAGUGUCAGAAUUGGUAUCCAAAAGCAAAAAAAAAAAACAAAAAAAAAAAUUUCAGUGUAAACUAAUCAAAUUUUGUAUGCUCAUUUUAUUAUGCUCUAAUGCAAUUUAUAAUAAUUAAUUGUGAAUUAGCAUAUUAGUUCCUGUAUGUUUUAUAUGAUAUAUGUUAGUGCAAUC